CCACUGAGCAGAGAGGAGAAGGGAGGGGGGAAGGAAGAGUCUUAACUGCUUGAGGGACUUAAGUCCCGUGCUGCUGCUCCAGCAGUGUGGUCUGCCCACCUUGGUUUUGGGAGGAGACUGGGAGCUGGGGGUGUAGCCACCCCUGCAAUGCAGGUUGCUGCUCCCACACCCUGCUUUCUGAAAUCUGGGAUCCAUUUCCCAUUUGAUUUUAAAAAAACUGUUUCUGAGGGAUGACAGUCCUCAAUCAGUACAUAACCUUUGUGUCAUCAGCAUUUUCACAGUUUUACUUAGCUAUCAAAGAUAGGGGUAAUUUUCCUGGGCUAUCUUCUGAAAUCUACAUGAUGAUAAGAGUUGCAUUCAAACUAAUGUUUUUAAAUUGUACUGUAGCUUUAUAUUGACCCUGGGUGGGUAUUCAUUUAAUGUUUUUAAAUUCCAGAUUAACUGGAGUCAAUAAUAAAAGUGAAAGAAAGAAGUCACAGUAUAGCUAUGGAAAAGAUGUUUAUAUUAGCUACUGAACACUCAACUGGAUAAUAGGCAGAAGGCAAGGUAAACUUGUACCUUAUAGACUAACUAAUUCAGAGGUGCAUCAUUCAACUGGAUGAUACCAGCUGUAAGUCAGGACCCACUUGGGGUGUGUCUACACAUGCAAUUAAUGCAACUGAAUAUACUUCAGCUCAAUUUGGACCAAAGUAAACUAAUCCUGAUGUCACCCUACAUGUGUGUUUAAGCACAGUAAUUUACCGUGCUGCUGGAUAACACUUGUACCUGACAGGACUAUCUGGCAGCACAGUAAAUCAGUCUACUACACCCUAAUUGCCUGUAUGGGUAAACUGUGAUGAUUUACUGAGCAAUAAAUUAGUCUGCUGUGCAGUAAAGUGUCUCUGUAGACAUGCCCUGGUUGACUUAAUCUUGAAACCUCUGUAUCCCUUUGUAGACCCCUGAGUCAUCCAGCCCCUUAAAUAAAGCAUGUUACUUUCAUGCUUUGCCUCUGAGUAAAGUUGUAUGACAAUUGUUUCCCAAAGAGAAGAGCACAAUUAAAAAAAUAAAACAUCAGUGAACUCAGCUCUAUUGAGUUGUUUUCAUAAACUAGCUAAAUAAGGGGUGGGAACAAAAUAUGUAGCCUGUAUAUACAAGGCAGUUAGAGGGGGGUGCACGUGUCAACCUCAACAUGAUUUAUUUUUUGUGCUGUCUUUCAGUUAUAGCAGAACCGUUGAUUUUUUUUUCCUUCCAGCCUAACCAAACGACACCUUUCCCAAUUGCAUUCUACACAUGGCACAAGUACAUUUCUGUUUGCUGCAGCACUGGCUGAGUCAUUUAGAGAGAGGUGUGGAGCAAUCGAAAAUACCUAUCAACACCAUUAAACCAAGAUGUAGAGAGGAAGGCUGCUUCAGAAAGCAACUGAUACGGUCAACGGAAUCCUGUGUAAUAGUGUGAUAUACAAGACUUCAUUAAUCAAGCAUGUAUUUGUGAUGUUAAUUUGCACAAAAAGUGCAAGAAUUCCUAUUCUCUGCCAUGCAAUUUUCUCUGUAUAGCAUGCAUCUAUCACAGCAGACUACUAUACUGUGGCAAUUGCAAGUACAUUUUUUGUACUGAUCAUAAUAAGCAUGGAUUUAAAAUGACUAGCACCUUUCAAAGUAGGAAUGAUUCAAAGUUAUUCCCAUCUUCAAAGUAUUACAAACAUGAAUUAAGCCUCCAAUACCCAUCAAAAAGUCCACAAAGUACUGGUAAGUAGCAUUUUUCACAGAUGGGAAAACUGACCCACACUGAGGUUAGAUGAAACACCAAAGGCCGAACAAAGUCAGUGUCAGAGAAGAUUAUAUUCUCUCUUCCCAAAAUGUGAUCAUUCCACUAGUCCAUGUGAUACUUGGAGCUAAGGGCAUUAGCAAAAAAAGGACCGUUUCCUUGAGCAUGUCUGCACUGCUGAAGAUGUUUUUAGAUAAAUCAAUGAGACUUCUCUUCAAGUCUCAUAACAUCCACAGGACGUAGCAGGGCACACCCAAUUUCAUUGCCUCUGAGCAUUGUCUCUCGGUCACACUGAUUUCUUUACCUCUUAACCCCACCUAGUAUAUAAAAUGGGAAGGAGUCAGAAGAGACACUUGAAUUUCCUUUCUCAUCUGUGACAGAUCCUAGAUUGGAACCAGCGCACUUCUCGAAGGGUUGUGGUUUCUGAAGCUGUCUGAAGAGUGCCAGAGACUGGCCCCUCCACGGUGGGGACACAGCACUGGGGCGGCUGCUGAAGUUUCCCUUGGACUUCACCCUCUGGCGGCUGGCUGGGGAAGUGCUGCUCAGCCUGGGACCAUGGGCUCCAACAGCAUCUCCCACAUGAAAGCCACUAGCAACUUCUCUGUCAGUCCUAACGACUACAUAAUUCACAAGCAUUACAACUACACAGGAAAGCUAAACGACAAAGUGGACAGUGGAAUAAAAGUGACCUCAGUGGUUUUUAUCAUCAUUUGCUGCUUUAUCAUUUUAGAGAACAUUUUUGUCCUGCUGACUAUCUGGAAAACCAAGAAGUUUCACAGACCCAUGUACUAUUUUAUUGGAAACUUAGCUCUUUCAGACUUGCUGGCCGGAGUGGCGUAUAUUGCCAACCUCUUAUUAUCUGGACCUAAAACCUACACUCUGUCCCCUCCCCAGUGGUUUCUAAGGGAAGGCAGCAUGUUUGUUGCCCUGUCAGCUUCUGUGUUCAGCCUCCUGGCUAUUGCCAUUGAGAGGUAUAUCACCAUGCUGAAGAUGAAACUCCACAAUGACAGCAACAGUUUCCGCUCCUUCCUGCUAAUCAGUGCCUGCUGGGUUAUCUCCGUGAUACUAGGGGGUCUCCCUAUCAUGGGCUGGAACUGCAUUGAUUGCAUGCACAAGUGCUCUACCGUGCUGCCCCUCUAUCAUAAGCAUUAUAUUCUUUUUUGCACCACCGUUUUAAACGUCCUGUUGUUGUCCAUUGUGGCCCUCUAUUGCAGGAUCUAUUCCAUGGUCAGGACUAGGAGCCGCAGUCUAACAUUUCGGAAAAACAUUGCCAAAGCCAGCAAGAGCUCAGAAAAGUCCCUAGCCUUGCUCAAGACAGUGAUCAUUGUCCUCAGUGCCUUCAUCGUUUGCUGGGCACCCCUGUUCAUCCUGCUUUUGCUGGAUGUGGGGUGUAAAGUGAAGGCCUGUCCAAUCCUUUUCAAAGCGGAGUAUUUCCUAGUGCUGGCUGUGCUCAAUUCCGGCACCAACCCAAUCAUCUAUACCCUCACGAACAAAGAGAUGCGAAGGGCCUUCUUAAAGAUCAUGCUUUGCUGCAAAUGCCCCUCUGCAGACUCUGGGACCAAAGUCAAAAGGCCGAUUAUAGGAGGGAUGGAGUUCAGCAGAAGUAAAUCUGACAACUCUUCCCACCCACAGAAGGAGGAGGGUGACUGCCCGGAGACAAUCGUGUCUUCAGGCAACAUCAACUCAUCUUCCUAGACAUACCCACGGGAGCUGGUUUCAAAGCCUCUGCUUUGAAAUCUGACAGGCAAGAAGCCUCUUGCUCACAGUAGCUAGGCAGGGAAGUGGUGUACAUGAGCAAGGUAGCAUUAGUUCUGAAGAGGCCUAUGGUGCACUUGUGUGGCUGGAGUUCAAGAAGUGGGACAGACUGUUCUGGCUUGAAAACAUUUCCCCCUGGAGCAUGUUUUGUCUUUGCACUGAGGCAGUUCAGAAUUGUUGGGAGCAUUCAGAGCCUGAAGUCUCCUUAGUAACUCAGAAAGACUGAUGCCUUGGUGGAAUGAUGCCUGUUGUGUGUGCAAGUGGAAAAGGGGAGAGGGGAAGGGGAGAAUUGACUUUUUUGUUGUUCUUUGAAAAGAAUGUGAAGUUAUUUUUCCUUUCAAUUGCAGUGAGCCCCUUACACAAAGCUAUUUCUGUACCAAGUUUAGUGGUAGCUCUGGCAUCUUUGGUCAGAAGAGUUUCUUUAGCAUACGGUAAAGAAAGAGAUCCCGCCCAUGUAAUCUAGAUCAUGGUCAACCACAGUUUGGCUUCCCUCCACCUAAGUUUUUAAAUGUCACAAGCUUUCUUUGGUAGAAUCCAAGAGGGUUUAUUUUGUUUUAUUUUUUUUACCCAGAUCAUAUCAAAUUUUUCUGAAGGUUCUUAUUACUGGUUAAGUACAUGAACCAGACUCUGCAUUUGCCUCCAGCCCUGCAACUCUUGAAAAAAUCAACAGACUUUUCUGGAGAAUUAGCUCAGAGCAGCAUUUGGUCCUACAUCUCUUUUGACUUGCUUCUCAUGAAAUAGGUUAUUACCACAAUUGCAAGAGAAAACUAAAGUUCUUUGCUCUUUUAGAUGAUUCUCACACUUGCAAAAAAAAGGUGUAAUAGUAUUGCAUACUGUUGAUGUCAGUGGAAAUUGUAAUCAACCAAGAAUUUCAGGGCUGGUCCACAGUGUUUCCAAAGAUAAAGACUGAUGAUAAAAUAUGAACAGAAGAUCAUGGGAAUCAGAAAAAUUGGAAAAAAAAUGUUAGUCCAAGUGCAAUUACAAUAGUUUGAUCUUACAAACACAUUUCCCUACAAAAUGCAGUACACAUUUUGGCACUUAUGCUGGUGUUUUUAGGUUUCAGAAUGUUCAGUAUUUGAGCAAAGAUGUUUGCAAUUUUUCAAUCCACAUCAGUCAGUCCUUGCAUUACAUUGAAUGUAUUUGUUUUACAACAUCAUUUCUAUUCUGCAUUUUCUAACCUGUGCUAAUGGGGUUGAAUGUGUACAAUGUAAGUAAGUUAAUAAGAUGCAGGAGUCUUCAUGCACAUAGAGCAUUAUGAUAACAAAAUUAGCGUAUCUGGGAUAGCUGAGAACAAUUGAUUAAUGUACAGCUAUUGGUGAUUCCUAGAGGAGUUGUUUUGUAAAAAAGAUUGCUGCCUUUGUAGUAUGAUUCUCAGUGCAAUUAAACUGAUUUUUUUCUUGUUUUAAAAAUAGUAUUUAAAAUGUUUCUGACUUUUAUUGUUCAAUUUGCACAUGGCUUUAUUGACUUAUAAACAUUAAUAAACUGAUUUUUCUUUUC